UUUGUUUUCAUUGAGAAUUGUGGAGAAAAAUUAUAUUUUCGCUUUAAAUUAAUAGAAAAAUCACAUUUAUUAAUAAAAAAUGGGUCGUAAAAAUAAAUCUAAUCCUUUUGCUGCCAAAAAACGUCAAAAGCGCCAAAAUGCUGAAGAAGCAAAGCCGGAACGCAGAGCUGAACCAUACCCAGAUAUAGUGCGUGAUAAUGCAGCAUUUAUUAAAUACUAUAAUGUCCAGAAUAUUUGUGCUGAUGAGCAGGAGUGGGAAAAGUUUUUGGUGGCUAUACGUGAAAAUUUGCCGGCUACUUUCAGAGUGACCGGUUUCAAGGGAGAAGCCAAAGCUUUAUUAGAUAUAAUACAAACUGAAUUAUUUACAGAAUAUGUUAAGGGUGUAGCGGAAUUACGAGGCAAAACCAUAGAGGAGGUAGAACGUCCUGUUUGUCUGCCUUGGUAUCCAAAUGGCAUGGCUUAUCAAUUGGAUUUGACCCGUAAGGAUAUACGUCGUUCAGAAUCUUUGUAUCGUCUACACAAUUUCCUUAUAAAUGAAACCAAUGCCGGCGCUAUAAGUCGUCAAGAAUCGGUAUCUAUGAUACCGCCCAUUGUUUUAGAUGUUAAACCUACAGACAAAGUUUUGGAUAUGUGUGCUGCUCCCGGCUCCAAAACUGCUCAAUUGAUUGAGGCUUUACAUGCCGAACCUGAGAAGUAUAAGAUCCCACCUGGUUUUGUUCUGGCCAAUGAUGUGGAUAAUAAUCGCUGUUAUAUGUUGGUGCAUCAGGCUAAACGUUUGAAUUCACCUUGCUUUGUAGUGACUAAUCAUGAUAGUUCAUUUUUUCCAAAUUUGUUGAAAACUGAGGCUGAUGGCUCGAAAUCGAUUUUGAAAUUCGAUAAAAUUUUGUGUGAUGUACCCUGUUCCGGUGAUGGUACUUUACGUAAAAAUCCUGAUAUUUGGUUGAAAUGGAAUUUGGCCCAAGCUUAUAAUUUACAUGGUAUACAAUAUCGCAUUACCAGACGUGGCGCAGAAAUGCUUGAGGUAGGCGGUCGUUUGGUUUAUUCUACUUGCUCCCUUAAUCCCAUCGAAAAUGAGGCUGUCUUGCAACGCAUUAUUUCCGACUCCAAAGGAGCUCUUGAAAUAGUUGAUGCCUCCCAUUUGGUACCAGGUUUGAAAUUUAAUCCCGGCAUGACUGAAUGGAAAUUGGCUUCAAAAGAAGUUGAUGAAAUUUAUAGUAGUUUUGAUGAGGUACCAGAAAAAUAUCACACUAUCAUAAGGCCCAAUAUGUUCCCCAUGCCCAAAGAGGAAAUUGAAAUGUUGGGUUUGGAAAAAUGCAUACGUGUAUUGCCACAUUUACAGGAUUCUGGUGGUUUCUUUGUAGCUGUAUUGCAGAAAAAGUGCCAAUUACCUUUCGAGAAAAAUGAUGUUAAAGAUUUGUUGGACAAACCCAAGCCAGAGGUAAAAUUGGACGAAAAUGGUAAACCCAUUGAAGAAAAAUCGGUACCUUGGGGUCCACAGCGUAAACGUAGACGUCUACAUGGCUAUAAAGAGGAUCCUUAUGUAUUCUUCGAAGAAAAUGAUGCCGACUGGGAAGAAAUUAAAAAGUUUUACGAUUUGGAUGACAAUUUGAACAAACGCUGUUUACUAACCAGAUGUAUAACAGAGAAAAAGAAAAAUAUUUAUUAUUGCUCUGAUUUGAUAAGAGAUCUGGUGUUAUUGAAUGAAACUAACAUUAAGAUCAUUAAUACUGGUGUUAAAUCAUUUGUGCGUUGUGAAAAUCGUCACACCCAGCAUCCCUUCCGUUUGGCCCAGGAAGGUUUGCAGACUACAAAUGCCUUUGUAGGAGCCAGCCGCCGUAUACAAGUUGAAAGAGAUGAUUUGAUUUUACAGCUUAAUUGUACAGAUCCCACCAAACCUCCCUCGUCUACAGAGCUCAAAGAGGCUACACAGCAAAGAUGCAAAGAAUUGAGUGUUGGCAGUUGUAUUAUUAAAUAUGUAGAUGAACGCUUUACUUUGUAUAUAGUAGGAUGGCGCGGUACUUCCAGCCUUCGUGCCUAUGUAGACAGCAAUGAAACUUUACAUAUUUUACGUUUGUUGGGAGCUGAUCUUAGUAAAUUUGAAAUUAAUAAGUAUGAAAAAGCUAGAGAAGCAGCUGCAUUAGCUGCUGCCAAUGAGGCAGUAGACGCAUCUGCUGAGGCGGGAGAUUCAAUAAAAGAGGUUGAACAAAAUUCGAGCCCCAUGGAAACAAAUGAAACCGAAGAAAACGCUACAAAAGAAUAAAUAAAUAUGCUGCAAUUUUUUUUUUUAAUUAUUAUUUUUAAUAUAAAUGAAAUAGUUUUACAGAAGGGAUUAAGAAAUACUUUUUAAAUGUUUUAACUCAAAACUGUUUUUCAUAUGACCCUCGUUUUUGUGUAUUUUUUUUAAUCUAAGGAGCGUAAAGAAAAUAUAAUCUUUAUUUUUUGAAAUAUUUCAAAAUUGUAACAA